CAGCCAGCGCUUCCCGGCAGAGCCCCUCCGCGGCCUGGCCCUUUAAGAGCCGAGCCUCCAGAGGCGGACUCCCCUGCUUCCCCCCCGUUCCCGGCAUGCUCCGGGGUGGGAUAGACUCUCUAGCCGCCGUCUCGGCGGGGCGGGUUUGUUGUGGGGCCGCCGCCUGGUGGCUGUGACCGGGCCCGCGGUGGGGAAGUUUCUUUCAGUUCUAUGAUUCUUCCUUAGCAGGCCACCUAAUAUCCCAUGGAAGCCAAUUAAGUGUCACACUGUAUUUGGUACAUUCAAGAAGCACAGCAGAUAUGUCCCUCAAAAAUGUACCGUGAGAGUUCAGCAGCAAAAAUGCUAGAAGACUAAGGCAUCAACUUACACAUCAUCUCAGAAAUAGAACUCAAUGGAUCAUCUGAAAAAACUUGCCAGUGCGCUGAUCAGCAUACUCCAAUAUUCUAGGAGAUUGUCCUCAUGAAUACUCUUGUGGAGGAUGUCCAUGAUCCUCUUUGCUUGUGUGGUGAGAGUGAGGGACGGACUUCCACUUUCAGCCUCUACGGAUUUUCAUCUCAACCAGGACUUUCUUGAAUGCAGGAAGAGACUGAAGGCGUUAUCCUUAAUUCUGGCACAGUAUCCUGCUCGAGGCACAGCAACAGGACGUGGCUUCAGCAUACAUUUUCAUUCUUCUGGGGACAUCGCCUGCAUGGGGAUCUGCACCAGUAGUUGCCCAACCGUCAUGGCAUUUUGUUUCCUGGAGGAGCUCCAGUGGAAAUUUUCUGCUUCAUAUGACUCUACGAGCAUAAGUUUGGCUACCAGACCCUAUGCUUUUCUUGAAUUUGAUAAUAUUAUUCAGAAAGUGAAAUACCAUUUCAACUACACAAGCUGCUCUCAAAUGAAGGACAGCCUGGAGAAAAUUCAGGAAGAGCUGAAGUUCCAUCCUCCUGUGCUUCUGAAACUAGAGGAUACAGAGCUGAUGAACGGGAUGAUUAACGGGCACACAGAAGUGCAGAUGGGGUCUGCCCCUACCUACAGAAUGCAACCUGUGACUCCUUUGGGGAUUCUGUCCCUUGUUCUCAACAUCAUGUGUGGGGCUUUGAACCUCAUUCGAGGAGUUCAUCUAGCAGAGUAUUCUUUUCAGGAAGACUACGAGGGAACUGGAAAUGUAAUAGCAUUUCUCCUUUCUUUUCUAGCCUGCAUUUUUCAGGUAUGUUAAAUUUAGCUAUUGUGCUCUGGCACUCUUCCUGCAUUUUUCAUCUGCUGCGCUGCAUCUAACAAACAUUUGUUGAGUAUGAUCAGUGAGCAGAAUAGGAGACUCAGAAGCACAUUGGCUGUUCACUGGGUGAAAUUCUGCGUUUGGAUGCAUACAUGACACAGGAGCAAAAAUUGGCCAUUGGGUAGAGUCAAUGUACAAAUGGAGCCUUCACAUUUCUAACCCAUUAUGCAUCUAUUGACUAAUCGCUCCUCUCAACCCCUCAGCUGUAGGUUUAUCUAUCCCCUUCAUUGUACAGAUCUCUCAAGAACUAUUCUGGUUUAAAGUAGCCCCCACAUAAACCACUAGUUAAAUGAAAACUCCCCAAAGCAGCAAUAGAUAUGCUUUGUGCUAUUCCGGCAUUGUAGCGUUUUCUCUAACCGCUUGAAAGAGCGGGGUCGUACAAACUUCAAAAGCCUUGAGCCAUCAUUUUAAUUAUAUUAACUAGUUUUAAAACUCUUUCACACUUAAACAUUUUCUAAAGAGAAUCCUUAAGAUACUGUAGCACAAUCCUUGUUUUUCCAUUGUCUCACUGCCAUAAUGUAUAACGAGUCACCAGAAUUGUUUGUGAAUCUGAGACAAAUCCAGGGCCUGCUAAGUUUUAUUCCAACUCUGCCAUUGACUCAGUGCAGCCUUGAAUAAAUCUCAACUUGUCAGCCUUCGUCUUUCUAUCUGUAAAAUGACAAUUACGCACUGUAGCGGGGGGGGCUUGGCUCCUGCCCCUGUUGUGCUGACAAAGUCAGUCCAAGGCCCUGGGCUUCAGUAACCACUGGUGCCGUUUAUUUACAAGUUGUGCUCCCACCGUCUUUUCACCAUACACCGCUUGGGUUCUAGUGUCUGCGCCCAGGAGGGAAGAGCUAUCGCUCUGCUUCCACUCCCUCGCUCCUCCCCCCCGGCUUCCUUCCUCCCAGCCUUUUAUAUAGCCCCAGGAUAACUGGGCGGGCAGCUGUCUCCCAAUUAGUUGCAGGUUUUCUCUAGCCAGCUCCAAUUUACAUCCCUUAAUGGGGGCUGGCGUGACAGAGGGCUGAGUCAGCAAUUCUUGCCCAACACCCUGCCACAUGCACAUCUGUUUACUUUACAAAAUGGCUUUUAUGUCACAUUACUGUGUAUUUGACCAUUGUUCUUGCAUUCAGAAUCUCCUCUCUUUUUGCCAAUAAACAAUCCUGAGGUCAUAUAUGAAGAUCCUUUUGCAUUGCAGUCAUGUUGGAUUUUGCAAUGGACUCCUAGUCAGUAGGCAAAAGGAAUUGCUGAUGUUAAUGGUGUAACUUAUGCAUCAGGUGUGAGCAGUAAAGUAGUGUAACUUGCACUGAUCUGGCAUUUGAUGGAGUGCAAAAAUAUGUUACUGCAAUUUAAUACUACCUGUGGACCAGUUCUGGCAUAAACAGGCGCAACUCACACAAAGAUUUGUAACUUACGUUCUACACAGCGGCGGCUCCAGCCACCAGUGUUCCAAGCCGUGGGGGGCGCCCUGCCGGUCCCUGUGAGGCCGGCAGUCAGGCAGCCUUCGGUGGCUUGCCUGUGGGGGAGGUCCACCAUCCCG